UCACUUGUUAUUUCCCUUGAUUCUGUUAAUCCUUCUCUUUUCACUUUUGUCUUUUGGAAAAUCCACAUCCAGGAAGAUAUUGCAGUGAUAUUUGAUAAAGCAGACAAGGACAAGUCUGGUACUCUAACAGUUCAAGAAGUUCAAGAUGCCAUUAAAGACAUUAAAAUCAGGUACCCUCAGUUAGAACUCUAUUUGAAGAAUAAGCGGAUGAAAAAUAUUGUAGAUCUGUUAAAGGAUUCAAAAGCGGAUGAUGAAAAGAAAUCCCUCGAACUGGAUAUUGAAGAACUGAAGUCGGCUCUUUCCCAAGUGGAUUCCCAGAUGAAGAAUCUUCCUGCAACUGCUCAGGUUGCUGCUCAACAGGGUGCUUACCUUGCUCGGUGUUUUAACCGUAUGAAAGAGUGUGAAGAAAAUCCUGAAGGUCCAAUCAGGUUCAGGGGAGAAGGACGCCAUCGGUUUCGUCCCUUUCAGUACAAGCAUUUGGGGCAAUUCGCUCCCUUGGGAGGAGAACAAACGGCAGCCCAAUUGCCCGGAGAUUGGGUAUCAAUAGGUCACAGCAGCCAGUGGCUUUGGUACUCUGUGUAUGCCAGCAAGCAAGUUAGUUGGCGCACAAGGUCUUUGGUCAUAUCUGACUGGACGAGACGAUUCAUUUUUGGGAGGGACUCGAGUCGCAUCUGAGGUGCAAACUUUGAAUGCUUAUAGACUACUUCCAAUUUCAUACUUGCUCUACACAUUGCUUCCACUACAUUGCUUCUGCUGAUGUUUAAUCCUUUUACCACUCUUUUUACGUUGGAGUAUGAAAAAUUCUAUCAAAUGCCAAGUUAUGUUUUCCUCUUCU